AUGUCAAACAAAGAAUAUACAACUAUAGUUCUUGAUGCUUCAAAUUCAAUGAAUAGUAAGUCAGCAACGACCGAAUCAAAAACAGAUUUUGAGUUAGCUCUCGAAUUUUCAGUCAAUUAUUUAACUAAUCAACUAUUAAAAAACCGUAAACUGGAUAGAUAUGCUUUCGUCAUUUACACUUCAAUUGAAUCAAAAUACAUAUAUAAUGAUGGACCAAUAACUUUGAGUUAUGUAAAAGAAUUUUAUGACGCGUCCAUAAAGAUGCAUCAUGAUGACACGGGUACUGGUGAUAAAGCUGAUAUAAUAAGUUCAUUUUCAGAUGCAUUGCAGAAUCAAAUAGCAAAUAAGUUCAUUAGAAACAUCUACAUCAUCACAAACGGUCUUGGUAAUAUCAAUGAGCCAAACAGUUUAGAUUACCUCAACUCCAUUUUAAACUUAUACACCAUUAAUACUACAUGUAUAGUCUUGAACAACGAAAACAAUGCACACGCAAAGGAAAUCAUUCAAAAAUUUGGUGGUAAACUUGAUAGUGAUUUCAAUAUAUAUGAUUAUGAUGAAUAUAUGCACGCGGGACCUCCCGUGAAACUUAUUGGACCACGAUGUGUUAGUGAUACUUACUUAUCAUUUGCUGAAAUGGGACGCGGUCAAGACAACGAUCUUGGUGUAAGCUUAAAAAUUCAAAUAUAUCCAUCAAUUAGAUGUCAAAAUCAAGUCCAUGGUCAUGAAUUCAUAGUGGAUUCGGAUCAGAAUGAAAUACUGAAGGUUAAAAGGGACACAAAGUAUAUUAUUAAAAAGAACUCAAAUAUUGAAGAUGAAGUGUAUGAAAAUUUAAAUUUGGACGAACAGACUCCUAAUGAAAAAGAAGAAGAUGAAGAAAUAGUCAUAAGUAAUCGUGAUAUAACACCUGGCUUCAAAUAUACCCAAAGAAAUAUUCUACCUGUUUCAUCUGAACUCGACCAAGCAGCUACUUUGGGAACAACACCUGGGGUUAAUAUACUUGGGUUCAUUUCUAGGGCUAACCUUCCUGUGGCAUACUUAACUGAAGAAUCAAAUUAUGUGAUACCCGAUAUGAAACUAUACAAUGAUAACAGUACAGCUUUUAAUUCCAUGGUUCAGGCAUUGUUAGACUUGGACUUUGUUGCUUUGAUACGAUUUGUACAAAAACCAGAUGAUGAGGUUCAAAUAUGUGCUGGAUUUCCUCAAGAGGUAAAGCUUGGUGAAAAAACCGGUUUUGUACUUAUCAUGAAUAGAUUAGCAAUGAAAGAAGAUGAAAAAAUGGGAAAUUUUUUGGAUUUAAAGAAGAUGAAGGAUGAUUCUACCGAUUUGAUCAUGGAAGAUUUUAUCAGGGGAAAACAACUCAAUAAUGAUCAAUCUACUCCAAAUGUUUUAGAUAAUGAGAAAGCAGGUCUUACACAAUCAAAAUCUUUUACACCUUCAAUAACACGUGAAACAACCUUGGAAAAGAUAUUGUUAUCUUCUAGCCCAGCAAAUAAAAGAUUCAAUCAUUAUGUCAAUAAAAUUUUACACAAAUCCCUUGGUCAAGUAAAAAGUUUAAAAGAUUUUGUUCGUGAAAAGGAUUUCAUUGAAACUUAUCUUACAGCCGACGAAACAAAUGCAUUACUUAAUCUUGAUAAUGUUCUUGAUACUAAAGAAGAAAUUUAUUACAAAACUUACGAUCGCCAAAAGGAUAACGAAUAUGAUACCAAACUAAAAAAUCUCCUAGAUGUCAAAUUCAAAGUUCGUAAGAAAACAAAUAAAAGAAAAAGAAGCGUCGAAGGGUUUUUUGGUCCAGAAACUACAGACGGAUUUGACGAAUAUUUUGAUGUUGAUGAUAUAUUAAAUGGCUGA